UCCUGCUUUUCUUCACUCAAAGCUCUUCAUAACAUGGGCUGCAUGAAAUCAAAGCAAACUUUCCCAUUUCCUACCACAUUUGAGAGUGAGAAGCGACAUGCAAGCGAAGAAAGCUUUAUGUCUGAAGAGAGAUUUCUACCUAGGAUGCCUUCUCCAGUGAAUGUUGAAGAAGUGAAGGAACCACCAGGGCCCGAAACUGUGGUCUUUGAAUUUGCACACCGCCUAUCCCAGGAAAUCUUGAGUGACGCCUUGCAGCAGUGGGCAGGCAAUAACAUCAAGUACUAUGACAUCCCAUACAUUGAGAGUGAGGGGCCUUGACGCUGUAAGGAUGAUGAUAACCUU